AUGCCCGAGGAGCAGAAGAUUUUGAGGCUACAAGAUGUUUGGCGCACUUGUAAUAAAAUACGAGCGGCAAUAUUUCGCGUGGGUUUUAAUUUAUGGGAUUUUUAUAAAUCGCUAGAUCCUAAUAAUAAUUGUUUAAUAUCAGAAUCGAAAUUUAUUUCGGUAUUGGCUGGACAGCUGAAGGAUCAAAUUGGAUUAUCCGAAAAAGAAAUUUCUGAUUUGGCUGAUUACUUUCGUGUUCAAGAUGGUCGAAUAUUUUAUACACAGUUUUGCAACAUUAUUCACGAUUGCGUUCCUGAAUUCGAUAAAAAUAAGCCGCUUGUAACUGGUUUGGAAUGGGAAGAUCCGGAACACAUAAAUCGAAUAAGUGCGUCGGAACACCGACGAUUAUGUCUUAUUCUUACUCAGAUUGCCAUCCUUGUAAAUAAAAGGCGGCUUGUAUUGAGGCCUUAUUUUCAAGACUAUGAACUGAUCGUUAAAAAUAUCGGAACUGUAACUUUCACACAUUUUGGACGAAUUUUAAAAUUCCUAGGUAUUGUGCUUGCCUCUGAAGAGUUUUGUUUGCUUGUAAAAAGAUUCGCAAAAGAUGCUUAUACGAUUAAUUACGUGGCUUUCUUGAAGGCCAUUGACGAAAUCCAAUCUCACUUUGACAAACAUGGAAUGUUGGCUCUUGGUGGAGAGUUACUUGACCAAUUUCCUGGUCGAAUCAUCACGGCUGAAUUACCGAAACUUCCAAGACCGGAAAUUGGUAGACUCAUACCAAGCAAAGUAUUUGGAAAACAAACAGCAUUUCAUCCGGUGAUGAAUGAGCCGAAAGAUGCAAUGCCUUUGAUAGAAGUUGUCCAACGCAUUCAAAGACACAUUUUCGAAAAUCGAAUACGUAUUUCUGAAUUUUUUAAGAGCUUCGAUCCUUUGAAUGCGGGGAAAGUGACAAUUUCUCAGUUUAAGAGAGGAUUAGAUAGUCUUCAAAUUUCUAGUUUAGGACGUCUUUAUCUUGCGGAAACGGAAAUCGAUGGGCUUGUCACGCUUUAUAAAGACCCAAAUGAUCCAGAACGUAUGUGCUGGCGUACGUUUGAAGAUGAUAUUGAUAAAGUAUUUACUGUGAAGGAACUUGAGAAAUUGUCGAGUUUGAAAAUUAAAGCACCGCCAAAAGAAAUAGCGGAACUGAGUCGAAAAGGAGCGUUAAAUUGGCAAUCCGAACGAAAAAACAUAAGAGAUCUUUGUGAAGAAACAUUAUUAAAAAUUAGACACCGAGUCGAGGAGAGAAGAAUUUUAUUAAAACAAUUUUUUAAGGAUUACGAUAGACAUAAUAAGGGUCAUGUAUCGCGUUCGCAACUACGCCAAGUUUUAAGAACUGCGGCAGUGUUACUCUCUGAAGAAGAGGAAAUUGCAUUAGAGCAAAGGUAUAACAAUGAUUUAGGUUUUAAUUAUAAUUGGUUUUUGAUGGAAUUGGAGGCCCGAAAAGUCGAAGAGCCUUUGUACAACUCUGUAUUGCAAGAGAAGAAAACGAUCAACUCUGAAAAACGAACACCGGAAGCUACAGCUGAAGAAACAAACAUUGUUUUAAUUUUAGCAAAAAUCAAAGCUAAAGUUGUACGCGAAAGAGUGAGGGUUAUCGAAUUUAUGCGUCAAUACGACGUUCAUAAUGAACAAGUUAUAAAAAGAACGGAGUUUCUACGAGGAUUGGAUCAACUACGAUGUAAUUUGACCUGCGCAGAAAUGGAAACAAUUAUAAAAGUUUUUCAAGCGCCUUUAAGGUCAAAUUACGUUAAUUACGUUAAAUUUGGAGAAGUGGUCGAGGAAGCUGUUGCUAUGGGAAGUUUAGAGAGAGCCCCACUUUUAGUGCCUGUACAACAUGUGCCCCCGGAAGCUACUCCCAAAACAUUCUUAAAUUUCGAUGAAAGGCAUAUGGUUACAACGGCAGUGGACAAGCUGAGUAGAGUGCUGCAACCAAAUCUCGAGGAGUUAUUUAAGGAUUAUGAUAGAGAAAAUAUCGGAACGGUUUCAAAAGAGUGUUUGUUAAAAGCUUUAUCUGUCAGGCAUAUGUUACAAUUAAUCAGUAACAGAGAAUUGGAUGUCAUGCACAAAUGCUUUGCUGUGGAAAGAGGUGGCCGUUUGGAAAUUGAUUAUCGAGCAUUUCUGCGCGCUUUAUAUCUGAUGCGAGAAAAUAGGAAGCAUCUACCUUUCUAG